CUCAAAUAACAAUAGCUUGCUGUGUCUUACAAGACAAACCCAACUCAACCAAACCAACCAACGAUGACCACUCUUCAAGCCAACCUUGAAGAUCAAGCCGAUUCUGUCAUGCCUAAAGUAAUAGCUAUUCUCUCUUCUCUUCUUCAACGUGUUGCUGAUUCUAAUGAUUUUAGCCGUCGUCUUCAACCCCAGAAGAUCUCUGUUUUUCAUGGCCUCACUCGCCCUACCAUUUCCCUUCAAAGCUAUCUAGAGAGGAUCUUUAAGUACGCAAACUGUAGCCCCUCUUGCUUCGUUGUUUCCUAUGUUUAUCUUGAUCGUUUUGCUCAGAAACAGCCCUCUUUGCCCAUCAAUUCCUUCAAUGUGCAUCGCUUGCUUAUAACCAGCGUUUUGGUCUCUGCCAAGUUCAUGGAUGAUAUCUAUUACAACAAUGCGUUUUAUGCUAAAGUUGGGGGAAUAAGCACAGCGGAAAUGAACUUGCUUGAGGUGGACUUCUUGUUUGGUUUAGGGUUCCAAUUAAACGUGACACCCACCACAUUCCAAACCUACUGUUCUUUUCUUCAGAAAGAAAUGUUUUUGCAAUCUCCUCUGCAUUUACCAGAACCUCCUCUAAACAUGGCCAGGCCACUAAAGCACCAUUGUUGUUUCACUGAAGACGAAUCAGCCCAUCAAAAACAACUCGCCGUUUAAUUGCCUUUGUUAGAAUUUCUACAAUUGAUUUUGUGGAGUACUGAAAUAUUAUAAGCUUAUAGGAAUAGUUUGAUCGUGAACUCAAUGUGAACCUGGUUUGAAAAGGAUUUACCAUCUCUAUGAAUGCAA